AUGGAUAGCGUAGAAGAAAUUGGGUUUGCUGAAGAUUUCGAAAAGGAUCAAUAUCUACUUUUCGAAAUGACAGAGGAUGACAUCCAGAAAUUGAUGACUGGAAUGAGUGAAGCCGAAUUUGUUUCAACAAAAAAUCAACCUAUUGUACUCUGCAUUGAUGAAAAUACAUAUGAUGUAAAAGAAUUCGAUACAAGUAACAUGCUUCUUCCAUAUAUGGAUAAUACUAUUCUCACAAAGGCUUAUUCAACAUUCGAACUCCGAAGUAUCAAAGCUCCAUUACUUUCCUUCAGAAAACUACUUGCAGAAAACUAUCUCACAUUAGAAGAGAUCGGUGGUGCUCCGCUUGUCAACCCAAUCAAAUUUGAUGAUCUUAUGGAUAAUACUCUUUGUUCUAGAUACGAAUUUAACAAGAUUAUAGAAAAAUUAUGCGUUAUUCAGAUUGAUGAAUGCGUUAAGAUGCCAAAUCUUGCUCUAAGGAAUAAAAUUAUCGAUCAAAUUAUCAGAUUUGCAUUAACUCAGUCAGAUUGGAGAAAAGUAAGUGAGAAAGCAGUCGUUUCUACAUUCAAAUUAUCUCAGAUCUUGAUUGAUCAGCCAGCAAAUGAAGAAGCUGCCAUAAAUAACGUUGAAAACUUAGUUCGUGCAGUUCUUUACAGUCUUUCAGAAACAAUUUCUAAUGAUAUCAUUACUUUGAAAGAGAAAAAGAUUAUCAAACAUAUUGUUGCAACACUUCUUCGCUCUCAAAGAGGAAAUUGGAUGCUGAAGGAGAAUUUCGAUAAAGAAAUACAAGGUUUAGUUCCACCUGAUAUUAAAUUUGAUCAUACAUAUACAUAUGGCGUUUGCGUUGAACAUGAAAACGGAUAUUUAUUAAUUGAAGAGGAAACACUUCCAAUUACAGUUGAAGACAGGUUUAAAGCCAUCUUUGCAUUACACAAGCAAUGGAGCGAACACGAAAUUGCUCCUUUCUUUAAGCAAUUCCAUACAAAAGAUAUGCACUUCAACGAAUGGGCCAAGAGAUACAUUCGUUUCGCUGAUGACUUUUACAUGCCACGUUAA